UGUGACGAUGGGGGACUGGAACUUCCUGGGCGGGAUCUUGGAGGAGGUGCACAUCCACUCCACCAUGGUGGGCAAGAUCUGGCUGACCAUCCUCUUCGUCUUCCGCAUGCUGGUGCUGGGCGUGGCGGCGGAGGACGUGUGGAACGACGAGCAGUCGCACUUCGUCUGCAACACGGAGCAGCCGGGCUGCCGCAACGUGUGCUACGACCGCGCCUUCCCCGUCUCGCUCAUCCGCUACUGGGUGCUGCAGGUCAUCUUCGUGUCCUCGCCCUCGCUGGUCUACAUGGGCCACGCCCUGUACCAGCUGCGCGCCCUGGAGAAGGAGCGGCAGCGGCGGAAGGCGCAGCUCCGGCGGGAGCUGGAGGCGGCGGAGGCGGAGCCCGCGGAGGCGCGGCGGCGGCUGGAGAGGGAGCUGCGGCAGCUGGAGCAGGGCCGGCUGAACAAGGCGCCGCUGCGCGGCUCGCUCCUGCGCACCUACGUGGCGCACAUCCUGACCCGCUCCGCCGUGGAGGUGGGCUUCAUGCUGGGCCAGUACCUGCUCUACGGCUUCCGCCUGGAGCCGCUCUACAAGUGCGAGCGCGAGCCCUGCCCCAACGCCGUCGACUGCUUCGUGUCCCGCCCCACGGAGAAGAGCGUCUUCAUGGUGUUCAUGCAGUGCAUCGCCGCCGUCUCCCUCUUCCUCAACAUCCUGGAGAUCCUGCACCUGGGCUACAAGAGGCUGAAGAAGGGCCUGCUGGACUACUACCCGCACCUGCGGGACGACCUGGACGACUACUGCGUCAGCCGGUCCAAGAAGAACUCGGUGGUGCACCAGGUGUGCGCGGGCCGAAAGGCCACCAUCCCCACCGCGCCCAGCGGCUACACCCUCCUGCUGGAGAGGCAGGGCAACGGACCCACCUACCCCGUCCUGGAGACCUCCUCCACCUUCGUCCCCAUCCCGGGCGACCCCGCCGCCUGCAAGACGGGCCUGGACGUCGUCCUCCUCAAGGAGGCGUCGCCCGGCCCCGCCGAGCCCAACGGCGCCUCCAAAACCAACACCAGCAGCAGCGAGACGCGGUCGCCGCCCACCGACAAGCAGGGCGACUCGGAGGAGCACCCCGGCAGCGAGCCGCGGGAGGAGCCCGGGGGCGUCCCGGGGCGCUCCGCCCUCCCGGCGGACUCCUCCUCCUCCUCCUGCCCCACGCUCCUCCUCAGCGUGGGCCGGAGGCCGCGGCGGGUCAGCGCCCCCUGGAACUGCUCCACGGUGGAGGAGAGCAACAGCUCCGACGGCGAGGGCUUCGGCGGCGCCGGCGCCCUGGCGACCCGCUGCGGCUUCGCCGCGGGGCGGGCGCGGGCCGCCUCGAAGCCCGACCUCAAGCGGCUGAGCCGGCCCCAGAGCCCGGACUCGAUCGGGGGCCUCAGCUCCGAGUCUAGGCCCAGUCACGACGGCGACAGCAGCCCGCAGCCCUUCCCUCCAAACCGCCGAAUGUCAUUGGCAAGUAGCGGCAGCAGCAGGCGAGCCCCCAGCGACCUGCAGAUCUGAGCGUCACUGUGCUGCAGAUGUCUUCCAUCCUGAAAAAGCACUGAAGUAGCAGAACUGAAAACUGAGUUUUAUUAUAUGCUGUAAACGAGAGGGCUGGGGGGUUUUAUACACUGAAUACUACGGUACUGUGCAUUAUACACAGUAUAAAUUUGUGGGGCUGGGAAACAAGUACUCACCUGCUAUUAAAUACUCAUUUUCUUUAUAAUCAUUUUUUUUUAAAAAACAUGAAUGAAGCCAGCAUAUAACUAAUGUUAAAUAACAUUCUCCCCAUCUGUACAUUUCACUCGUCUAUGCAGUUCCUCUUGGAGAAUCAGAUAGCAAACUCAGUGAUUGACAGGGAUCUGAUUAAAUCGCAUUCAUCGAUCGAACAUUACAUAAUCGGUCACAUGGGCAAACACGAGACGCACCGAAAAGCCAGCUGUACGCUGCAUCAGGAGCGGUAUGCAGCAGGAGAUUGAUUUGCAUCGAUAGCGAACUCAUACUGAUGUGCAAGUAGGCCCAUGUGCCUCCAUACUGAGAACACAUUUGCAGUGGGGUAUGCCACUAAGUCGAUAUAACCUAAAUUAACAUACGAGAUGUUGACAACAGCAGUAGGCAUGCCUUGUUGCAAACAGUCAGAAAGCAGGUGACCACAAUUUUUAUGUGCUUCUAAACUGAGAAAUUACCAUCCAAAAGGAACUGCACUGCUAAAGAUCUUUAGCAAAUGAUUUGAGGGUUUGACAACCAUUUUGUGCAAAUGUGUUUAAUUCAGAUAAACAUUACUUGAAAAAAGUACUUGUACACUCCAAAGGACAUUCCAGACAGAACCCAAAAUCCUCAAAUGAACACUUAACACAAAUAAAAAAAAGUGUAUCCUUUAUUUCCAGUGGUGUCCCAUGUUAACAGUGAGCGUUCUCGGAGCUAAUCGGCACUACAGAGUCGCUCCUUCUUGUGCUGGUU